AUGGUUAGUGGUAGAUGUAAAUUUAAGAGCCCUAAUUCUGUAUCAUUUAAGCUAGUGAAUCCUGGAUCUUGCGAUUUUGAGAACAAUAAUAAAUUGCAGCAAAGAGUGUUGCAACCAAAUGUUUCAUAUAACCGUUUGAAAAGUAAGAAACAGGAAAUACAUCAGGAAUCUGGCAAUAUAUCUGCAAAAGGACAGUUGAAUUGUUUAAAUAAUGAUUUAAACCUAGAAUAUGUGCAUAAUUCUGAUUCAAAAAGCCCAGAAUCUGGUACUAUAUCGCAUUCAAGCAAUACUAAUAUAUUAGAUAAGGAUAUAAUAGAAUUGUCUGAUUGUUACUUUCCAUUGGAUGAUUACGAUUAUUCUCAACAUUUGAGGACCAUAAGAGACACAAAUUUUAUACCAUUCAGGCAAUUCGUACAUAAUGAGUUCAUUAGAGUAAAUGAUGGGAAUAUAAAUAAGCAUGAUAAUUUGUCAAUUUUGGAUAAAGAUGUAGAAGAUGAAUGUGAAUUGGAAGAGGAGAUUGAUGAUGAUUUUGUAUUUCAAGCGGCAGGGACCGAUAAUCUGGAUGAAAUUGAUAUAUCGAAAAUCAUUUGGGGGGAAUCAGCCACAAAUUAUUCAUCAAGAACCCCAUUGGAUAGGAACAUUAGUAUAAAAAUAGAUGGUGAUGAAGUUGUUGCUCAAGAUUCACCAAGUAGUGAUUAUAGUGAAUUUGAUCGAUUUAUUAAUGAAUAUGACGAUGGUGGUGAUAAUAAUGCGGUGGUUGCCAAAGAUAUUGUACCAAUGGCACACAAUAAAGUAACUGAUGGAGUUACAUUAGUUCCUGUGGAUAAAGAACUUAUUAACAAAAUCGUGAACAUGGAUUACAUGAGUGAAAACGAUAGCAAUUUCUCGGAUAAAACUGAUUCUAACAGUUAUAAUGACGAUUGGGAUUGCGAAACAGUGAUCAUAAGUUUAAGCAAUUUGUUAAAUAAUCCUAAGAAAAUCUCACAAACAAAUAAAUUAUUGUCUAAGGAAUCCAAUAAGCUAAGCGUUAAAUUUGAUAAUAUCAACUCUAAAGGCGAUAAAUCGCAAGAAUCGACUCAAUCUACAAGGGGGAAAGAUUGUGAUAAGGGACAAAUGGAAAAUCUUAUAAAUGAAUUGCCACCUAUUGUCGUUACUAGAAGGAAGGACGAAACGCCAGAGGAGAAGAAACAGCGAAAAUGCUCUGUAAAACAGGCAAGAGCUUUAAUUAGACAAGUGAAGAAGGAGAAUAAAAUUUUGUACAAGAAUGUUAAACUGUCACAGCAAACUGAGAAGGCUCGUAAUGCUUACGAUAUACCUAGUGGUGUCAGGCAUUACGUAAUGGGUGGUCACACUAAGUAG